UCAAAUCACACAUUACAUAACUCAUGUUGCCCAGUUUGAAAAGAAUGGUCGCAUCUUCACCCAAAUACAUCUACAAAAUCGUCCCACAUUCUUCGGUGGAUCCUCGCUUUACCUUUCCGGUCCCUAUCCCAUCCUCUCAUCAGUUCCUCACCGAACUAGACCUUAAUGACCGUUUCAUUCAUUUUUCGGCUGCCGCCCAAAUCCCCACGACUCUCAGUCUUUUCUUCAAAGAUAUACCUGCCGUGACGUUGUUCAGAGUAGAAACUGACAGGAUAGCAGGGUGGAAGAAGGUGGAAUGGGUUAUGCCAGAUCAGACGCCGCGUACUGGAGACAUGCCGUAUCUCUGUGCGCACGCAUGGCCCGUCCCGCUCGAAGGAGAAUAUGUCGAGAGUUUCCGAGAGAUCUUUCAGCAGUCCGGAAAGGACUGGGAUGAUGCAUUGGCGGAGAAAGACGUCAAAUGUUGGUUGAUUUGAGCGUCUAAGGGAGCGAUGGAUGUAAAGACGAUACGUAAAAGGCCGACGGCUUCGCCCUUGAUUUGUGACCUGCUGUGAUCGUCGCAGUGCAUCAUUUUUUAUACAAGAAGCUCUUGAAUUCCCGCUUUUCGUACAUAUCUACAUACAACUACAUGCGUAUGUACGGAUCGUCGCUUCUCG